GGAAGCCCUUCAGGAGGCCCUGUGUACCCUCCCUGAGCCAUGGACACCUGCGAGGGACCACCCAUUGUGUCCUUGGUACCCACGUAUUCCAAGGAGAAGAUGUCAGCCCAGGAGAGUUGCCUCAGCCUCAUCAAGUACUUCCUCUUCGUUUUCAACCUCUUCUUCUUUGUACUAGGAAGCCUGUUUUUCUGCUUUGGCAUCUGGGUCCUCAUUGACAAGACCAGCUUUGCAUUCUUUAUAGGCUUGUCCUUCAUGCCACUGCAGACCUGGGCCAAGGUCCUGGCAGUCUCCGGUGUCCUCACCAUGACCCUGGCCCUCCUGGGUUGUUUGGGGGCUCUGAAGGAACUGCGCUGUCUUCUGGGCCUGUACUUUGGAAUGCUGCUGCUCCUCUUCGCCACACAGAUCACCAUAGGGAUCCUCAUCUACACUCAGCGGACCCGGCUGGAACGAAGGGUACAAGAGCUGGCGCUGCAGACGAUCCAAGGUUACGGCGCCAACCUGGGUGAUACAGCGGCUGAAGAGAACUGGGAUUACACGCAGUUUCAGCUGCGCUGCUGCGGCUGGCACUCUCCCCGGGACUGGAUCAGCGCCCGCAUGCUGAAAGGCAACGAGUCUGAGGGGCCCUUGGUGCCCUGCUCCUGCUACAACUCCACGGCGACCAAUGACUCCUCAAGCUAUGAUAAGCUCCUCUCCCAGCACAUGGGGACCGCUGACCCAUGCACUCUUCCCGCAAAAGCCCCCUACUACCGUGAGGGCUGCGCACAGAGUCUCCGGAAGUGGCUGCACAACAAUCUCAUCUCCAUAGUGGCUAUCUGCCUGGGAGCUGGUCUUCUUGAGCUCAGCUUCAUGACGCUCUCAAUAUUCCUGUGUAGAAAUCUGGACCACGUGUAUGACCGGCUGGCCCGGUACCGCUAGGCCUGGCCCGUCGCAUCGGCGCCCACACCUCCACGCAGCCAGGAAAUGUUUCCUUCCUGGCUGGUCUUAGGGCUACUGCCUUGGGACUCAGUCCCUGGGGGAUCCAGGUGUCUGCCCUUACCGACAGCCAUUACUUCCCCCACGGGGCCAGGGCCUUCCCUCUGUCCCCAGCUUCCUUCCCCAUCCCCUCCUCUCCACACCAUCUGUCUGCCACCUCCCACACGAUACCUCAAAUAAAUCCCCUUCGUUUUGGUAAAAAUAGCUUUAUUCUCCUUCGGAACAUAAACCAUCACUCUUGGGGAAAGGAAGGUGGCAGGGUGGUCUGAGGCUCACUUAAAAUGGGGAUG